ACUCGGGCCUCGGCGGGGGAGGGUGGAGAGCACAACCCGGGCCGCAGCCCCAGGGCUGGACUGGAGCGCACAGGAGGGGGCAUCGGAGGGCAGAUUACGGCCGCAGGACUCCGUCUCCGCUCGCUGGAACCCAUGCUCGUUUCCUGAGAGACUGCACGCUGGGUGCCUGUCGACGUCGAGCGCCCUCCUUUCGAUUCCUUUCGACUUUGCGAUCAUCUCAAGGAUGUCUUCCAGAAGUCCCAAGGAUUUAAUUAAAUGCAAGUGGGGAUCAAGGCCUAGCAGCUCCAAGUCGGACACUGCAUUAGAGAAAUUUAAGGGAGAAAUUGCAGCCUUUAAAACAUCCCUGGAUGAAAUCACAAGUGGGAAAGGAAAAGUGACUGAUAGGGACAAAUGCAGACUUUUGGAGAAAAUUCAAGUUCUUGAAGCUGAGAGAGAGAAGAAUGUUUAUUACCUCACAGAGAAAGACAAAGAAAUACAGAGACUCAAAGACCAGCUAAAGGCAAGAUACAGCUCCUCCUCCUUGCUCGAGCAGCUGGAAGAGAAAACAAAGGAGUGUGGGAAGAAGCAGCAGUUGUUGGAGUCCUUAUCCAAAGAGACAGAUGUCCUGAAGAAGCAGUUGUCCGCCAUGACGAAAAGACUUUCUGAACUGGAAAGCAAAGCCUGUACACUCAAUCUGUCACAGAGCGUGCCUGCAAACUGCUUCAACUCAUCAAUGAGUAGUAUUCAUGAAAAGGAAAUGCAGCUGAAAGAUGCUCUGGAGAAAAAUCAGCAGUGGCUUGUGUAUGACCAGCAGCGAGAGGCCUAUGUUAAAGGACUUUUAGCAAAGAUCUUUGAGCUGGAGAAGAGAAAAGAAACAGCCGCUACUUUACUCCCACAGCAGAUGAAAAAGACUGAAUCAGAAGGUUAUCUUCAAGAGGAAAAGAAAAAAUAUGAUCAUCUCUUAGAAAAUGCCAAAAAAGAUCUUGAAGUUGAACGACAAACCGUAACUCAGUUGCGUUCAGAACUUGAUGAAUUUAGAAGAAAAUAUGAAGAAACUCAGAAAGAGGUUGAAGAUUUAAACCAACUCUUGAGUUCACAGCGGAAGGCAGACAUAGAACACCUGGAAGAGGACAGACACAAGACAGAGAAGAUCCAGAGACUCAGGGAGGAGAGCAGCAUCUUCAAGGGCAAACUGGAAGAAGAGAGGAAAAAGUCUGAAGAACUCUUAUCUCAGGUCCGCAUUCUUUACGAGUCUCUGUUAAAGCACCAAGAGGAACAGACCAGGGUAGCUCUGCUGGAGCAGCAGAUGCAGGCAUGUACUCUAGACUUUGAAAAUGAAAAACUUGACCGCCAGAAUAUGCAGCACCAACUGUAUGUGAUUCUUAAAGAACUCCGAAAAGCUAGAAGUCAAAUAACACAGUUGGAAUCCUUGAAGCAGCUACAUGGCUUUGCCUUCACAGAGCAGUCGUUCCCAAUCCAGAGAGAGCCUGAAAGCAGAGUGAAAGUUACCUCACCCAAAAGUCCCACUGCUGCACUCAACGAAAGCCUGGUGGAAUGUCCCAACUGCAGUGUACAGUACCCAGCUAAUGAACAUCGAGAUCUGCUCGUCCAUGUUGAAUACUGCACGAAGUAGCAGAACCAUUCUUGCCUUUGUACAGAAAAGGUCCACACUGUAUCCUGUUUGUUUAUGGGCACUUUGAAUCACAGAUCACAUCUCUUGCACAAGAAACUCCCUGUCUGCCCUUGGCACUAUGGUGUAUGAGGGCAGCCUUAUAUUUUUCUGGCCAUUUUGCAUUUUCCUUGGUAGCAAUACCUCCCUGAGCUGCUUCAUCAUGAGGCUACAGUGAGAGAAUGUGGUGAGCAGUGGGUACCCAGACUACUAGCACUUCACACUGUUUUUCUAACUAGCACUUACUUCAUACUGUUUUAGUACCCGAUGAACAAGAGCUGUUUGGCUUAUUGAUUAUGGGUUAAAACUAUGACCAGCAAGCAGAUAUUUUAUGCUUUGGGGUAAGAGAAUGGGAAGGUGAUUAAGUACGGCUCUUACUGUGCUGAUAUUUUUUCAUGUAAGUGCUUAGUAUAAUGACACUUCCAGUUUGAUAUCUCUUCCUGUUGUCUAACGGUUACUAGAAAAGUUGGGGAGUUUUAUAACUUUAUUGCUGUUAACUCUUCUAAGCACAAUGCAGGUUUUGUUUGAAGAAUGCCUUUAAGAAGCUGCACAUUUUCACUCAUUAUCUGACCAUAACUUUGACUUAAAUUUCAUCAGCACAGAUCAGUUCCCUAAAAUGCCAAAUGAACAAAACUUUAACAAAACUGUCUUGCCUCCUCAUUCAAUUGGAAGGUAUUUUAUUAUAUCUUGGUGAGCUUUUGUUUUUUGGCACUCUCAAAGAUGGGUGAUCAGUGAAAUUAUCAGAUAUUUGUUUUCUGAAUAGAUAUUUUUAUAUAUGCUUUAUGUAAACCAAAAAGUUGUUUUAUUUCUUCAAAUUUUCUAACAUGCUUAAACCUGGGCUACUAUUAGCAAUAUGAAGGAGGAAAUAAAUUAUUUAAUAAGUUUAAAAAA